AUGCGGUGUUCCGGCCGCGCUCUCCAGUCGCCGGAUAUUGGUGGCGGGGAGCGGAUCCGCGGGACGGGAUGGGCCGCAGCGCCACUGAUGAAGUCGAAAGGAUCCAAUUUUGAACGGACGUUUGCUUCAUUCAGCGAUGUUGUCGUAGAUAAUUUGCAUGAUCUCGACAGAAUAUUCGUUAUGUUGCUGCAACCGUUGACAAUGGUACUUGCUCGCCACGCAGUUGAAUUAGACAUCCCUGCUCAAGAACCUGGCCGUUAUGACGAAGGUUUCUGCACUGCUGGCUCCGGGCUAUUGGGUCAUCAGGCCAUGACACCAAGAACUCAAACUCGGGGAUACUUAGUGUUGCAGCAUGCAGCUACAAUCCAAUCCAGUGCUCUGCAGGCUUCAGACCAAUGGGCAAAGUUGGCUUCCGAACCAGCGCCCACCGGUGCUGCAGCGCUCUGCGGAUAA